AUGAAUCCGAACGCCGCUGGCUGGGAGCAGGCUUACCAAUGGGCUAAGGACUUUGUCUCUCAAAUGACCUUGCUGGAAAAGGUUAACCUCACGACAGGUGUUGGGUUGGCUAACGUCGUAGACAGCUGGGAGGGAGAACAGUGUGUUGGCCAAACAGGGGCCAUCCCUCGGCUGGGUCUCCGAAGCCUGUGUCUACACGACUCACCGCUUGGUAUUCGUGGGACGGACUACAACUCGGCCUUCCCUUCAGGACAGACGACAGCUGCUACGUGGGACCGGACUCUUUUCUAUAAGCGUGGAUAUGCAAUGGGAAAGGAAGCCAGAGGGAAGGGUAUCAACGUUCUCCUGGGCCCCGUAGCUGGCCCACUUGGCAGGAUGCCUGCUGGUGGUCGGAAUUGGGAAGGCUUCUCCCCCGAUCCGGUUCUCACAGGUAUUGCUAUGGCUGAGACUGUCAAGGGGAUUCAGGAUGCCGGUGUUAUUGCCUGUGCUAAGCAUCUUAUUGGCAACGAGCAAGAACACUUCAGACAGGUUGGCGAUGGCUUCGACAUCGAUGAGAGUCUAUCCUCAAACAUCGAUGACAGGACAAUGCACGAGCUCUACCUCUGGCCAUUUGCCGACGCAGUUCGUGCCGGAGUUGGUUCCGUCAUGUGCGCCUACAACCAGGUCAACAACUCGUACUCCUGCCACAACUCCAAACUAUUGAACGGCCUUCUCAAGAACGAACUUGGCUUCCAGGGUUUCGUUAUGAGCGACUGGCAGGCGCAGCACACUGGUGUUGCAAGUGCUGUGGCAGGCUUGGACAUGACCAUGCCAGGAGAUACUGUGUUCAAUUCGGGUCUCAGUUUUUGGGGAGCAAACCUCACUGUUGCUGUCCUCAAUGGUACGCUUCCUGCAUAUCGGCUGGAUGAUAUGGCGAUGCGAAUUAUGGCCGCCUUCUUCAAGGUUCGCGGGACCCAGGACGUUGACCUUGACCCUAUCAACUUCUCGUUCUGGACCCUGGACACUUACGGGCCGAUUCAUUGGGGCGCGAAGGAAGGUCACCAACAGAUCAACUUCCACGUUGAUGUUCGGGAAGAUCACAGUCGUCUGAUCCGCGAGAUUGCUGCGAAAGGAACGGUGCUGUUGAAGAACGAGGGUGCCUUGCCCCUGGACAAACCCAAGUUCUUGGCUGUCAUUGGCGAGGAUGCUGGUCCAAAUCCUAAUGGACCCAACUCCUGUGAUGACCGUGGUUGUGUUGGGGGGACUCUUGCUAUGGGAUGGGGCUCUGGUACUGCCAAUUUCCCAUACCUGGUUACACCGGAUGCAGCACUCCAAGCCCAGGCCAUUAAGGAUGGCUCCCGGUACGAAAGCGUGCUGUCGAACCAUGCUAUGGAGACGAUCAGGAAGGUUGUCUCUCAGGACAAUGUGACGGCAGUUGUGUUUGUCAAUGCCAACUCAGGAGAAGGGUACAUCACCGUUGAUGGCAAUAGGGGAGACCGCAACAACCUGACCUUGUGGAACGGUGGGGAUGAACUAAUCAAGAACGUGGCCAGCUGGUGCUCCAACACUAUCGUUGUCAUUCAUUCAGUUGGUCCCGUUCUGCUUACUGACUGGUACGACCAUCCGAACAUCACUGCAAUUCUAUGGGCCGGUCUUCCUGGGCAGGAGUCUGGCAAUGCCAUCACUGAUGUCCUGUACGGCAAAGUGAACCCUGCUGGCCGCUCGCCAUUUACUUGGGGUGCUACACGUGAGGGUUAUGGAGCUGAUGUCCUGUACGAUCCCGAUGAUGCAAGAGUGCCGCAGCAAAACUUCACGGAGGGUGUUUUCAUCGACUAUCGCUACUUUGACAAACACAAUACUCGUGUCAUCUACGAAUUCGGCCACGGACUGAGUUACACAACCUUUGAGUAUAGGAAUCUGCAAAUUCAGAAGCACAAUGUGUCCGCAUACAUACCAACUACCGGGCUUACGGAACCAGCACCGACGUUCGGUGAACACUCGACGAAUUACUCUGAUUAUCUCUACCCAGAAGGCUUCCACCGUGUCAAUCGUUACAUCUACCCCUACGUGAACAGCACCGAUCUUGAGCUCGCCUCCGGAGACCCUUACUACGGCCAGACAGCAGACCAGUUCCUGCCCCCUAACGCGACCUCUUCCGACCCGCAGCCACUGUUGCGCUCUUCAGGAAAGAACUCGCCGGGUGGUAACCCUCAGCUGUAUGAUGUGCUCUACACAGUCACGGCAGAUAUUACCAACACAGGCGCCCUCGAGGGUGAUGAAGUCGUGCAGCUGUACGUAUCGCUCGGCGGGCCUGAUGACCCAAAGGUUAUGCUUAGGGACUUCGCCCGGUUGCACAUCAAGCCUGGUGAGACAGUCAAGUUUGAAGGGAAGCUGACAAGGAGAGACUUAAGAUUAAAGCUCUUCAUGAUGGGCUACUCGUCUGAUAUCGAGCCACACUCUCCGACCCCUGACGAGAUCACUGACCCCUUGCGUGCCACCUCCCCUCCUGAAGCUACUAGCCCUACUCCGCGCUCCAACCCCCUACAUCAACCAUUACCAAGGCCUCUAUUUCGCACGGCACUGCUGAGAUUGGGAUUGAGCUUUACCAAUCAUGUUUCUAACGAGGCCAACUAUACUGUGGAUGACUCAACUCUGUCGACAGAGUCAAAUCUGCCAGAAAUUGACGAGUGGAACACUUCCGGCGGAAACAUCAACACAGAUGGGCAAGGUAAUGAGUCUGACUGGGAGACUACCACGACAUCUUCACAAAUAUCCACGUCUACGGACGAGGCUGGGGACGCCCAGGAGUCGGUAACCGCGGUACCCGACCGAGGCUUUUGCACUUGCAGAGAUAGCGAUGAUUCCUUGAGCAAUGCGACGCCUCAUGCCAUGAUUCCGAAUCAAAACCACAGGGCCUUCUGCAAGGCCGUCGUGCACGGGAUUUUCGCCACCUUGCUACAGGAGCGAGAUCCAGAAUCGACGGCACCAGCUGUUAGCACAUUUGUAGAGACCAGAAUCUGUUUCUACCAAUACCUUCGCGGGCUUCAACAACGGCUGAACCAGGAAGGGCUGAGCGAGAAGCAGAGGGCAUGCUUGGAAUGGAAUAAGCCGCUUUACAAAACUCAGUUUUGUCAAGACAUGGCCGGCCCUACUACAUGGGUGCUGCAAGCUCAGGUCGACGACACCUACUCUAAGAAUACAGUGGGUAUUUGCGAUUACGACGAUAAAUGGCAUCCUUCUUCGAUUCUUGCAUCUUCAGACUCAUCAACUAGCAACAAUGAGGACCACAUAGUUAACGUAGCAGUGGACGUUGAUGAUGUGUACCUAUUAGUUAUACACAUUCUCAUGCCCACUCUUGUACUCACCCUGGCAUUUUACUACCUGUUCCAACCUUUGGAGAAAGACACUUACGGAGGAUUGAAACUCACAUGGGCUGAUGGCUUGAUAACACGUCUUAUGGCCUUCUUUUGUGCAGGGCUGAGGCAUAUGAUUGCAGAAGGAGAAACAACAGUGAAGCAAAUACUUGAGCACGGAAAAUGGUCUAAGCUUGAAGGUGAAGUGGAAGGGUGCAGGCCAGUUGCAUACAUCGCCUACAGGUUCGAGAGCCCCGAGCAAGCCAUUGAAGAUUUGGAAGAUGCCGUCGGAGGUAUAAGGGCCUUCAGGCAAGGAUUGUUUGACAAUCCGGACGGCCUUAAAAUCCCUCCAACUCUGAACCUAGAGUUGUGGUUACGGCUCCAACGCGCAUUGAACAAGAUCCGAAUGAGGGUAAUGUGCAAACUACCCCGGAAUGCACAGGUCUGCCGCAUCCAUCAGCUCUUCGUCAAUCCUGAUCGCUGGGGCCACGGCGUUGGCUCACUAAUGCUCAAGUUUACUUGCAAUGAAAUCGACAAAAAGGAGGCUUGGGGCUUUGCUGUGACCCUUAAAAGCGGGCUUCCUCUGUUCACCAAGUUUGGCUUCUGUGCAGUAGGCACUGUCGACCUAGCUGGGCAAAAGAUUUACUGCAUGCUGCGGCCCGCGAAGGGCCAGUCAUUUCCCCGGGUACACAAGCGCAAGAUCACGCUCUGGGUGCCGCUCGACUUCCGAUUGCAUUGGAGUGAGAUGGGAAACCCCAUGGCCCAGCUCGCCUGUGGGUUGGGGUAUGCAGGGAAUGGUUUGGAUGGGAACUGGAUGCGUAAACUGGCGAUGAGUGAAGUUACCAGGCCGACACCGGCGGAGAAGAGAAUGAGGAGAGAGCGUGAUCUCCAGAUGUUAAGGUCGCUGACCUGGCUAGAGUUGGAAAGGAGCAGGAGGUGCAAGCAAUGCAAGUUGGACAGGGACAACCAAACACAAUUUUGA